CAGGACAAACAAGUGCACUACCCUUCAGGAACAUACCCGCAAUUCCCUGAUAUAGCUACAAGCAGAAGGAAGACCUCUGAAGCGUCCCACUCCUACUGAUCAUGGCGACCUCCCGUAUUGAACACUACAAAACCAAUGUCCACGCCCACUGGGAGGGCAAACAUGCCAAGGACUGGUCGGAGGUUGAUCUUAUUGGAUAUGAGAACGCAACGAAUCGCCUGUAUAACGAGCUGUGCGCCAACCCGGACGCGGCCGCCGUAAAAGUCGGCCAUCGAUCCACUCUGCUGAACAACCAUGGCAUGGACUACCGGUUCAAUGGCAAAUUCUCCAGCGAGCAGACCCAGCCGGAGCGCAGCCACCAUGAGUAUAACAAAUUCGGGAAGUUGAUGAAGUGGGAGGGAGAUCGCUGGUAUGCUUAUGAUUUUGAGGUGGAGGUCACCGAUCACACCAGGGCUUAGCUGGG